AACUCAGAAUGACCCUGUUGCCCAAGACGAGAAAUAUAUUUGUGUUUUCCAGAUGGCUGGAGAUGGUGAAGGAAUAGCAUGGAAAGUCCUUGAUGUGGAAUCUCAUUAUCCCAAAGAACUUGGGGGGUCCCUGGAGCUCUCCAACGACACCUUCUUUUCACUGAAGAUCAAAAACACAACCAGCCGAAACAGUGGGAUUUAUAAGUGCACUUUGUGGGAACAGAGUGGAGAACGCAAUCUGAGCGGCACAGUCACAUUAAAAGUAACAGGUUGCCCUGGAAUAGAAGAUGAAAAAUUUAAAAAAUACAAAUCUGAGCUUUUCAUGCUGACUUGCCUUGGGAUUUUUUACUUGCUGCUCAUCUUUUUUACCUGUACGUGUCUAAGAAAAGAGAGUAUGUCUCCCAAUUAUCAAAAAAACAGACCAGAUAUGAAACACAUGCUUACCCUCAUCAAUGUACAUGAAAUGAGAACUUUUCAGGAUUUAAACAGUGACAGCGCUUGCAAAAAUGAGCUUACUUCAAGAUCCGUCCAAGUUGAUGUUGACAGCACCAUGGGCUCAUCAGUAAACAUGACACUAGGUGGAUGGCUGGGUGCUUGCUUGGAGUCAGAAACUGGAGAAACUGGAGGCCCAGAGAGAACCAGGAGCAACGGGAUGGGGGCCGGGAUCAGUGUUAAACUGGCAGCACUGACAGUGCCGUUCAGAACAGGCGAAGGAUUUGAGCCUGCUCCCGUGCUAACGGCCGAGCAACUCAUCAUUCACCGCAAUGGGAACAGGUUCAGGCCAACAUCUCCCACUCGAGACCAACACUGGGUUGGCAGCUCCUCGUUAGCUCGUUAG